GACUGAGGCAGCAGAGCCAGGGUGCCCCGGGCUGUGGGAAAUGGGUCCAGCCCAACAGCCGCUGGGACAAAGCCUGGAGCUCUGCUGGGAGAGCGUGGAAGAGCACCUGAAGAAGUACGGAAGGAAGCAGAGGGCUCUCUGUGAGCUCCCAGCUCCAGGUAACCACCAUGGAUACUUGCAGGACACCUGCCAACGCCUCCAAGUGCAGCGGGAACACCAUGGAGUGCUUCAUGGUGCUCAGCACGCAGGCACAGAAGAUAAGCAUCGGCAUCCUGUGCGGCCUCUUUGGGACAAUGUGCGUUUUUGAGAAUUCCUUGGUGCUCUACCUGAUUUUCUCUUCCCCCGGGACCAGGAAGAAGCCUUCCUACCUCUUCAUCGGCAGCCUGGCCCUGGCUGACGUCCUGGCCAGCAUCAUCUUCGUCUGCAGCUUCGUGAACUUCCACGUGUUCAACGAGGCUGGUUUCUCCAAGGAGGUGUUCCUGCUGCAGCUGGGAGGGGUGAACACGUCCUUCUCCGCCUCCCUCAGCAGCCUGCUGCUCACGGCCCUGGACCGCUACAUCUCCAUCAGCCGGCCCUCGGAAUACAAGCUCCUGAUGACCAGGAGAAGAGCCUGGGCGGCGCUGGGGGUGCUCUGGGUGACCUGUGCCACCAUCGCUUGCCUGCCCCUGCUGGGCUGGAACUGCUGCGUGCUGGACUCCUCGUGCUCCGAGCUGUUCCCCUUUGUGGAUGACAAUUACCUGUCGGGCUGGCUCUGCUUCGUCAUGGUCCUGCUGGGCUGCAUCGUCUACGCCUACGCCCACGUGCUCUGGAGGGCUCGCCAGCACGUGGCCUACAUGGAGAAGCACCAGGCACAGGCAGGGAAGCAAAACACCCGGAUGAGGAUGGACGUGAUGCUGGCCAAGACCCUGGCGAUGGUGCUGGCUGUCCUCGUGCUCUGCUGGUCCCCCGUGCUCGUGCUCAUGAUCUACAGCGUCUUCGCCAGGCUGAGCGACCGCCUGCGCAAGGUGUUCGCCUUCUGCAGCACCCUCUGCCUGCUCAACUCCAUGGUGAACCCCAUCAUUUACGCCCUGCGGAGCAAGGAGCUGUUCUCCUCCCUGAGGAGGGUGUUCUCCCGCUUCAGGAGGCAGCUGAAGGCCGCUGAGGAGAGCCCUGAAGCAGAGAGCACCCACAAGUCCUCGGCGAUAGAGACGGUGUGCGAGGACACGCACACGAUGUAGGGAAACCCUGGCGCUCGGGCUGGAAGGAACGCUGGAUCGCUUUCCUUUUUCUUUUCUCUUCUGCUGGGAGCUGAGGGAUCAGCUGUGAUGUGGAGACAGCUCCUGCUGCUGUCACCCUUCGACACCGUGUCACCCUUCUCUGCUCUCGGGCACACGGUGGGACUGUUGGGGUGUCCUGUGCAGGGCCAGCAGUUGGACCGGAUGAUCCUUGGGGUGUCCCUUGCAGCUCAGGAUAUCCCGUGAUUCUGUGAUAAUCUCCCAUCAGGGGAGGUUCACGUUGGACAUCAGCAGGAAUUUCUUCAUGGAAGUGUUGGUCAGGCUUUGGCAGGGGUUGCCCAGGGAGGUUUGGAGCUCCCGUCCCUGCAGGUGUCACCUGGAUGUGGCACUCAGUGCUCUGGGCUGGUGACAAAGUGGGGACUGGGCCCGGCUUGGCCUGGGAGGGCUUUUCCAACCUCAAUGGAAUGCAGUGUUCUCACUGUGGCUUAAGGACUCGGCCAGGGCUGGGGCACACAGGACCUUGCAGGCAGCACAUUUCUCCCAGUAGAUUUCAGGAGAACUGACCUAACCACACAGG